CUCUAAACCAAAACCAGAAACACCAAACCAAAAAAGCAGCCUCCCCCUCUCUCUCUUUCUCUCUCUAGAAACCCAGAAAUGGGUAAGCAGAAAAUCCUACAAGCUCUCAUUCUUGCUUUCUCUCUCCUUCUCCUGGUCGCCACCGCCCCCACCGCCGCCGACGACUCCGACGUCAUGUCAAAACUCGCAGCAGGCCUCAGACCCGCACCCAAAGGCUGGUCCACAAGCACCGCCUACUGCAGCUGGGACGGUGUCAACUGCGACACUUCAAAGAGAGUCACCUCCAUCAACUUAGCCUCCAAAGGUCUCUCCGGCUCUCUGCCUUCAAAUCUCAACUCUCUCUCUCAGCUCACCACCCUCUCUCUCCAGAGCAACUCUCUUUCCGGCGCCUUUCCUUCUUUGGCCAACCUCUCUUCCCUCCAAGAAGUCUACCUCGACACCAACAACUUCACCUCCAUUCCCGCCGGCUGCUUCACGGGCCUCUCGAGCUUGCAGAUUUUGAGCAUGAGCCAGAACAUCAAUCUCGACUCUUGGGUUUUCCCCUCGGAACUCACUGAAGCUUCCAGCUUGGUCACUUUUGCUGCAAGUAAUGUGAAUUUAUAUGGGUCGUUGCCUGAUGUGUUCGAUUCGUUUCCGAACUUGCAAAACCUAAGGCUUUCUUACAAUAACUUUACUGGUCCUUUGUCCAAAACGUUUUCUGGAUCUGGGAUUCAGAACCUCUGGGUUAACAAUCAGGUACUUGGGUUGUCUGGCACCGUUGAAGUCUUAGCAAACAUGACCCAGUUGUCCCAGGUUUGGCUUCAAAAAAACCAAUUCACUGGUCCGAUCCCAGACCUCUCAAAGUGUGAAACUUUGUUCGAUCUUCAGCUCCGCGAUAACCAGUUUACCGGCAUUGUGCCCGCCACAUUGAUGUCCAUAUCUUCUUUGAAGAACGUUUCUUUGGACAACAACAAGCUGCAGGGUCCAAUGCCGGCUUUCGGAUCCACUGUGGAGAAAUCCACAGUUGAUGGUAAUAGCUUUUGUCAAACGACUCCAGGGACUUGUGAUCCGCUGGUCACCACGCUGCUUGAGGUUGCAGGGGCUUUCGGAUACCCGGUUUUGCUUGCUGAUUCGUGGACAGGAAACAAGCCUUGCAGUGGAUGGAGCUUCAUUGUUUGUGAUCCACAGGGAAAGGUUUUCACAGUGAAUUUUGACAACAAGCAUUUCAAUGGGACCAUUUCUCCUGCUUUUGCCAAUCUGACAUCUUUGAAAAAUUUGGUGUUGAGUCGUAACAAUUUGGUUGGGUCGAUACCGGAUAGCUUGUUAAGCUUGACUCAGCUUCAGCUUCUUGAUGUUUCCAACAACAAUCUAAGUGGGGCAAUUCCGAAAUUUCCAUCUACGGUGAAGUUAGUUACAACUGGUAAUGUGUUGAUUGGGACAACUCCGAGCACUGGAGGUGGAGGAGGUACUCCUUCGGGUACUGGUUCUAAUGGAACUACACCUAGUGGGAGUCCGGCUCAGGCAUCAAAUGGUCCUUCGGUAUCCCCUGGUAUGAUUGCUGGUAUAGUUAUUGCCGUUGUUAUUUUCGUUGUGGUAGUAUUGUUUGUGUCCUACAAAUGUUAUGCUAGUAAAAAGCAUAAGAAAUUUGGAAGGGUGGCUAAUCCAUUAACUGGGAUAGAAAUUGCUAAGAGUGAUGUUAUGAGUAGCGCAAAUGGGUACAAUGGAGUUACAAGUGAACUGCAAAGCCAGAGCAGUGGUGACCUUCAUGUUUUUGAGGGUGGAAAUGUUGCGAUUUCGAUCCAAGUUCUAAGACAAGUGACAAACAAUUUUAGCGAGGACAACAUAUUAGGCAGAGGAGGAUUUGGAAUUGUUUAUAAAGGCGAAUUGCAUGAUGGGACCAAAAUUGCCGUCAAACGGAUGGAAUCUGUGGCAGUAGGCACUAAGGGAUUGAACGAGUUUCAGGCAGAAAUCGCAGUCCUUACUAAGGUCAGGCAUAGGCAUUUGGUUGCGCUUUUGGGAUCCUGUAUCAAUGGCAAUGAGAGACUUUUGGUCUACGAGUACAUGCCACAAGGGACUUUAACACAGCAUUUAUGUGAAUGGCGCGAGAUUGGAGUGCCUCCACUGACUUGGAAGCAGAGAGUAACAAUAGCAUUGGAUGUGGCACGAGGAGUGGAAUAUUUGCACAGCUUGGCUCAACAAAGUUUCAUUCACAGAGAUUUAAAGCCCUCAAACAUACUUCUGGGCGAUGACAUGAGGGCCAAGGUUGCUGACUUCGGACUGGUUAAAAACGCGCCCGACGGGAAGUAUUCUGUUGAGACAAGGUUGGCAGGGACAUUCGGGUAUCUCGCACCAGAAUAUGCAGCUACUGGCAGAGUCACUACAAAAGUAGAUGUUUAUGCUUUCGGAGUGGUUUUGAUGGAGUUGAUAAGCGGUAGAAAAGCUCUAGAUGAUACAAUGCCAGAUGAGCGGUCUCAUUUGGUCUCAUGGUUCCGCAGAGUCCUUGUCAACAAAGAAAACAUUCCAAAGGCUAUUGACCAAACUCUUGACCCCGAUGAGGAGACAAUGGAGAGCAUAUACAAAGUUGCUGAGCUGGCAGGAUACUGCACUGCUCGUGAGCCGUACCAGAGACCAGACAUGGGACAUGCUGUCAACAUCCUGGGUCCUCUUGUUGAGCACUGGAAGCCUACCACCCAUGAAGAAGAAAACUCUGGCAUCGACCUGCACAUGAGCCUUCCGCAAGCGUUGCAAAGAUGGCAAGCCAAUGAAGGUACUUCUAGGAUGUUUGAUGAUAUGUCCUUCUCUCAAACUCAAUCAAGCAUCCCUUCAAAACCUUCCGGAUUUGCUGACUCAUUUGAUUCAAUGGAUUGUCGAUGAUAAAAAAAGAAAUAGACUAUAACAUUUUGGAACCAAGAAAAAGAAACUCGAAAGAGUUGGGAUGGGGAAGAUAUGAUCAAGUAAAGCAGCAGGUAUCACAAAUUUAUUGUAUUUAUUGUUUUUUUUUUUCUCGUUCUUUCCGCGAUCUUUGUGUCACUAAAUCUCAUGCGUGCCUGAACCUUCAGUUAUUGAUCCUUCUAUUGCUAACAGCUUGAUUGAGUUGCUACUGAUCGUGAGAAAGAAAAAAAUUAAAGAAAUUAAAGAAAGUUUGUUGUAUGAUAUUUCACAUACUCAUUAGUGAUUGUUUAAUGAUAUUCCUCAUUCCGUUU